CUUUGUAUCAGCUGCCGUGUCACUGGUCGCUGUCGCCCUCGCUCCUUCCUCACAAUGGCCCACCGCAUAAUAACGCAAGUCGUCUUCUCCGGCGCACGUAUCAUCGGACGCGCCGUCACCGAGUCCUAUCGCCAGGCUGCCGCUUCGCAGAAGUAUGCCGCCGCAACUGCUGGUAGUGGCGGCGGCGGCGCCUUCACAUCCUCCAACAUCACCAUGGACGAGGCCUGCAAGAUUCUGAAUGUUGGUCCCGGUAAGAUGGGCACAAUAGAAGCGGAGCAAGUCACCGAGCGGUUCAAGCGACUGUUCGACCAAAACGAUCCGCAGAAGGGUGGUAGUUUCUACCUGCAAAGCAAAAUUUUAAGAGCAAGAGAGAGGAUCGAACGAGAACUACAAGGGCAGCAGCGCAUGGCCGAAAGAGAAGCAGAGAUAUCAGAAGGGUUCAAGCCGAAGUUCACCAAGGAGGAGAAGUGAGCAGGGCUUACCGAGGGCUUUGCAACGCGAGGAACGCGGCUGUGGCAGGGGCGAGCAGAAAGAUGUUAGACGCAUAUUUGCGAGCGAAGAAGAGCUCUGAAAUGCAUCAAGAUGGCGUUCGGUUACGGGCAUAGCGAUUGAAACGGGCAUGUCCUUGGGGAGUGGCACCAUUAUUCGUCUUCCUCAAGCACGUCAAGAGGGGGCGCACGUGUAGUCGCACAUCUCUCUACUCCCCCCAGUGGAUAUUUGGCUCCUUAAUUUGUGUCAACAUUGUAACAUUAGAGGCUACGAGCGUUGUACCAUUCUUCAAAUAGGAAGCACUGUAGGAACUUGUAUUAUAUUUGAACGAAGCUUGGCGAACAAACACACUCCUGCC